AUGGAUUCUAUCUCUAUUCUCUGCACUGUCGCCCUUUUAGCCGGUGGUCUCUACUGGUUUGUUUGCAUUCUUGGAUCUGCCGAACAGAAGGGCAAGCACGCGGUUCAACUGUCUGGCGGUUCCAUCGCUAAGGAGAAAGUUCAAGACAAUUACGACCAGUACGCGUCCUUUUUCCGCCGUCCCAAAGAAAUUGAGACAACCGAGAAGGUGCCUGACUUCGUGGACACUUUCUACAAUCUUGUGACUGAUAUUUAUGAGUGGGGCUGGGGCCAAUCUUUCCAUUUUUCGCCAUCGAUUCCUGGUAAAUCUCACCGAGAGGCCACUCGCAUCCACGAAGAAAUGGCCGUGGAUCUCUUAAAUUUGAAGCCGGGGGCUCGUAUUCUCGAUGCGGGUUGUGGUGUAGGUGGUCCGAUGCGGGCUAUUGCAGCCCAUUCGGGGGCUAAUGUAGUAGGAAUCACCAUCAACGAAUAUCAAGUAAAUCGGGCUAGGGCACACAACAAGAAGGCCGGCCUUGACAAACAAUGCGAAGUCGUGUGUGGUAAUUUUCUCGAGAUGCCCUUUGGUGAUAACAGUUUCGACGGAGCCUAUUCAAUUGAAGCCACUUGCCAUGCACCUAAACUGGAAGAAGUAUACGGCGAGAUCUACCGGGUUUUAAAGCCUGGAUCCAUGUAUGUCUCGUAUGAAUGGGUGACCACUGAAUUGUACCGUGGGGACGACCCGGAACAUGUGGAAGUAAUCCAGGGGAUUGAGAGAGGCGAUGCACUGCCCGGGCUAAGGAGUUACACGGAUAUUGCAGAGGUUGCAAGAAAAGUGGGAUUUGAAGUGAUAAAAGAGAAAGAUUUAGCCAAGCCACCUUCAAAUCCAUGGUGGAGCAGGCUUAAAAUGGGGAGGAUUGCAUAUUGGAGGAAUCACAUCUUAGUCACAAUUCUUGCUUGGGUGGGGAUUGCUCCUAAAGGUGUUGUUGAUGUGCAUGAAAUGCUUUUCGUCACUGCUGAUUACUUGACUAGAGGCGGUGAGUCGGGAAUUUUCACUCCUAUGCAUAUGAUUCUGUGCAAAAAGCCCGAAAUUAUGUCUUCUUCAUCAUAG